AUGCCCAGCAUCUUCUCUCGCCGCAAAAAGGACGGCAAGUCCAAGAAGGACGGCCUCGACGACGCAGACUUGGUUCUGCAGAAGCCAAAGUGGGACGAUGCCUGGACACGCAAGACGGUUGAGCCCGAGGAGGUUCGAGAGCUUCUUCACGGCUGCACUGAAGAGCUCAAGUCGCGAGGCCUCGACCACCCGUUCUUUCUGCUGCCGUUCCGACCGACAUCGAACCCCAGUGCCGUGCGCACCUUUAUCCGAAACUUCUUCAGCCAUGAUCCUCCGCUUAGCGGCGAGCUGCUGCUCCAGGAGCUGCGUCUGACGGAGCCCAUGGUCAUCUCCGGCGUGGUAAAAUGGUGCUGGAGCCGUCUUCAGGGAGGCCUCGUCGGCUGGACUGCGUAUGACUUGUUCAGGGUUGGAGAACGAGACUCCAACAUGGCCCGCGAUUCGUUCAAGACCUUUAUCCCCCUCAGCGUUGACAAUGCUGCGCGCCAGCAGAUCAUCUUUGAUUUCUUCAGUCUGAUAGCGGCAGUGGCUGCGCACGGCAAGAACAACGGCUUUGGUGGGCGCAAGCUGUCCCGAAUGGCCUCGUGGUGGGCCUUUGAUCACAACGAUACGGGCAACGGCUUCGAUGGCGGUUACGGGGCGUGGCUCAGAGCUGCCGACGCCACGAGCCAUCUGUUCUUCGCUUAUCUGCGGUCGCUUGCCCCUGAGCAAGACCCCACUGGCAUCUCCAUGCUGCCCAGGUCCCUUCAGAAGCUGCUGCAGGAAACCGAGUAUCCCCCACAGAGACCAGAGUUGCUCAUUGUUAAGACCAAAAAGGUGGCCAUGAUCGUGGAGACGGUUUCCCCGACUCCAUUUGCCUUGUUGAGGAGAGCCAACCAUUUCCAAUAUCGCGACUCCGAUAGCGAACUCCAGGAAUUCUCCAGCUACGAAGAUCCGGUGCAGGCACUGACCGACGAAUGCCAGCGAGUUCUCAAGGCCAUCUCAUCAGCUAACCAGUCACAAGCUUCAAGCGCAAAGCAUUCGACGAGCCUGCGCGACGCUUCUUGGUCUCGAUUCGAGGAUUUGGGAUUCACCACCUCCCUCGAGGAAGACGACGAUACGGAGGGAAGCAUUCUGCCAAGCAGAAGAGUGCAAGAGCUCAAGCCGUUCCAGGGUCUUCGCAACAGUCCACUAUCCGGCGGCAACGGGGUGGCGCGCCCGACUACGCCUUCGUGGGCAGACUUCUUGUCGGCCGGCUUCGUCGACGACUCUCACUCAAAGCCUACCUACCUUCUGCCUCCCGAUAAGAUUCUCCCGCCUCUGUCGCCGGAUGCCCGUCAACUCAGCUCGCAGUCACAUCAGCCUCGGCUCGAGAGCGAACGCGACGUCGAACCGGGCGAGCUCGCAAGCAUCAAGGUUAUUGACCUGGAUGACGCCUUCUGGUGGGUGUGGAUGACGAGUCUUGCGCCAGAGGAAACCCCUGAACGGAAAUCGGCUUUUGGCAGAUGCGCCGUUGUCGAGACUCAGAUCCGUGGCUGCCGCUGGCUUGUUGUGGAGGAGAUCAUUGCAGGGGCUUCACAUGAUGCCCAAGACGGCGCCUAUAUUGCCGAGAAAAAGGGCCUCUUCUCGUGGACCAAGCGCUCCAAGACCGUCUCUCGGCGCAAACUGGAAAAGCACCAUGAUAAGCCAACCAGCGCGAAUGCCAAUGCCAAUGUCAACGACAGCAAAGCCAGUCUCGGCCCCGACGCACACGCCAGAGUUCAAGCAAAGGCUGCGCAGAUGAGGGCUCAGCAAAACAAGGAGGAGGCCAACCCGGCACCCGUUCGCCGCGGCCGCACCGAUGCCGAGUUGCUCGCUGAAAAGACUAAUAGUGUUAUGACCCUUCAGCCCAGUAUUCUGGGUGAGGCCUCUUCCGCGCUGAAGUGGGUGAAGAGCUACGACAAGGGCACCAUCAAGGACAUUUACAUGGCCAACGACGGUGCAGGCCGAGGAACAGCCUUCACCCCCUCCGAACUGGUUGACAGCCAGGAGACCUCCGCAGACGGCCUGCCGUCGCCUGCAGUGCCUCCAAAGGAUAGUCUUCUCACGCCUGCCGCUUCACCCUUGCCUCAUGGACAUGGACACUCAGCCCUUUCACUGGUCCCUGAGAGCGUUAAGGAGGAGUCGCGGUCGCGCUCACCUCUGCCAGAGAAGGCUGCCACGCCCGUGCCUCCCGCUCCUGAACAGCCAAAGGCAGAACCCAGCCUGCCGACGCCACCCAAAGAAGAGCCGGCGGCGCGGGUCAAGUCUCCUACGUUCAACGGCAAGCCUUCAUCCUUUGAAGCCCCGCGAAGCCCUGAAGCCGGAAAGCAACACAAGGGCGGCUUCCUCAAGCUGUUUGGCCGCAAGAAGCGCAACUCCAAGAACCUUGACAGUGUCACGACUGACUUGAACAAGAUGCUCGAGCAGAACGCUGCCAAGAAGUCUAUCGAGAAGCCAAUGGCCAGCCCUGCUGUUGUCUCGCCCAUUGCGGAGCAGCAGCCGGAGACGCCCGUCGAGGGAGAGCCGGUGUACGAGCCAAUUUACGACCAGCCGGCCGACGAUGAAGCCGAAGACGCCGAUGCCCACAACGCUCCCGAGACCGAGCACGACUUUAAUAGAUUCGAUCAGGGCCCUCUGGAUGAUGUGCCAGCCUUUAUCCCCGAGGAAGAUGAGGAGGAUGAGUUUGAGGAUGCAGUGCCACAACCGAUUGCUCGCCCCCCGGAAGCUCCCAAGUUCAACUCCAAGCUGCCUGUAAAGGAAGGGCUCUCUACCGGCACGAGCCCCGGCAUCCAGGACCGAUGGGCCCAGAUCCGCAAGAACGCGGCCGAGCGAAGCGCCUCACGCCCGCUGGACGACCCUAACCUGCCGAGGCCUGUGAGGCCGACUGACGGUGAUGAUGAGACCAGUGGAGAGGAGACAAUCGAAUCCCGUGUCGCCCGCAUCAAGGCUCGUGUCGCCGAGCUGACGGGCAACAUGGAGGGCACCUCGGUGCCUCUCCGCAACUGA